CUUGUAGAUUGGAUUGAGUGCUCUCUCUCUCUCUCUCUCUCCCUCUCAUAGUUUCAAGGGUUUCCAAAGGAUUACUGAUGAGGAAACCUUGCUGUGUUAAACAAGAUACCAAUAAAGGAGCUUGGUCCAAGCAAGAAGACCAGAAACUCAUUGACUACAUCAGACUCCAUGGUGAAGGUUGCUGGAGAUCACUCCCUCAAGCUGCAGGCUUGCUUAGGUGUGGUAAAAGCUGUAGACUGAGAUGGAUAAACUAUCUAAGGCCAGACCUUAAAAGAGGCAAUUUUGCUGAAGAUGAAGAAGACCUUAUCAUCAAACUCCAUGCACUACUAGGCAACCGGUGGUCCUUGAUUGCUGGAAGAUUACCGGGGCGUACCGACAAUGAAGUUAAGAAUUACUGGAAUUCCCAUUUAAGGAGAAAGCUUAUAAACAUGGGUAUUGAUCCAAAUAACCAUCGUUUGAACCAGAAGCUCCCUAGAACCCAAAUUUUAUCUGGUACUGAUACAUCUUCUGGUUUAAAGAUUCAAGCUUGUCAACCAUGUAAACCUAGAAAAUCUCAAGGGGAUAAUGAUCAGGUAUCUGAUGCUGGAAGCUGCCUUGAAGAUGGAACCUGCAAUUUACCUGAUUUGAACAUUGAUCUAACCAUCAACAAUAUUCCUUCUCCUUCAAUUCCAGUGGUACUAGAAGAAAGACCGAAAUGUAAUCUGGAUACAAAUAUUUCUAAGGAACAACUCGAAAGAGUUCCAUCUCCUACACUACUUCUCUUUAGGUGAUAAGAUACUUCUACUUCUAGCUAGUUAAUUACUGUUUGGGUCUUAUGAGAUCUAUCUUCAAGUACAAAGAAUCAAAGGCAUUCGUAUUUGUUAGGGUGUCUCUUUGUCGAAGGUCGAAUUAAGAGAUAAGAUAUAACCAAAUUGUGUUUUGGUGUGUUUAAGAGAAGGGAGAGUUAGUGACAAACAAUCCAAGUCUUUUAGUGGUGAGUUUGAGAGUCUCUCUUUUGAUUGAUAAAAUUGUAUUAUUUAACUGUAACAAAAAGCUCAUUAUUAUGUAUCAAGAUGAUAGCAGGGGUGGUUCAUUCCCUUCAUUGAAGUGAUUAAUUACUGAAGUGUAUUGUAAAGUUAUAUCUACAAAUAUACCAACUAAUAGAUGAUUAUAGGAAGUUGUUCAUGUAUUCUAUCUCCACUUUUAGUUGUGGUUAUACCAUUGUAGAAACUAAUGUAGAUAAGUAUCUUAAUUUGUUGUUUGCUCAGCAAUUGCAAUUGCAUCUUUUCCUCU